CUCAGUCUUUCUACCGAAUCUAUCUAUCCGCCGCUGGCCAGAAUCACUCGAUCGACAUCUGCCCCAAAGCCACGCAUAUUUUCUGCUCUCUCUACUUCCUCCGCGACUCCAAUAUCAACUAAAAGUGACGUUAAUUGUAACUCGGCGACGGAUAGUGAUUGUAUCUCUCCUCAUACUAAAUUAACCGCCUUAGCGACAACUUCACUUCCACCAAGCAUGACAACAAAUGCUAUGACAUUUUCCUCUGCAUCGACGUCAUUAAAUACAAAUAAGGGUUUGACAAUUCUGGCCUCUGGGCGAAAGAGGACUGCCGAAGGGUCAUCAGCGUCUACCAAAACUUUCAAGAUUGGUGUAACAUUGGGUCCAACAGCUUGCACCGUCCCCGACUCAUCGGCACCACCAUCUUCCUCUGCCUCUCUGACGGUCACGGCUAUGAGCCCUGAAAAACGGAGACGCUAUGCUGCGGAGAGUCGCGAGGACUCAGCUAGUGAUGAACAAGUUAAUGCAAUUUUACGACGCCUUCGUGAGGUGCAUGGUUUAGUGCCUGACAGUGAGUUGCAACAACGGCAGAAUAUCCAUAAUCAUCAUGCUCACAACAACCAUAAUCAUCAUCACUACAGGCAUCACAAUGGCAUACGGCCAGGCGAAACUCGAGUCCAGCAACUGUAUCAUCAGAAUCGCGAACUCGAUGACUGGGCAAAGAAAGCCAGGCGACAGGAGCAAGGUCAAUUUCAGGCUUGUUUAUUUUUUACUGUUUGGCUCUCUUAA